GUGUUUGUAGAAACCUUGGACAAGUGCUUCAAAAAUGUUUGUGAACUAGAUCUUGUUUUUCACAUUGAUAAGGUACAUCAUGUAUUAAAUGAAAUUAUCACAGGUGGUUUGGUGGCUGAAACUACAAUGCCAAAUAUUUUACAAGCUUUUGAGGAGCAGAAAAAGCUUGAAAAGAAUGAGAUUCCAGUAUUCUUUCACGAUUCUCAUUAAGUGGCUCUUUGGACAUUGGGAUUGCAUUUGAUGUGUCUUUAUGCCUGAAUUUUUGCCAUAUUCAUUUUAACUGUGAUAAAAUUCAUGCAACACCUUUUAAUAUCAGCUUUGGAGGCAUCUUGGUUAUUCUCACUGCCUAUAAUGUACUUUUAUGCAAUAUUUUAAAGAUAUGAAAGGUGUUUUUAAUUUCCUUGGAGUAUGAACAUUUGUAUUAUUUUUAUUUUUGUAAAUGAUGUUGCUUUCAAAGCAUUGUGUAUUUUUAAAUAAUACAU